AUGAAGCGUACUCGGUCCCGACGGAAUCGAAAUCCCGGAAGCAAUCGGGGCGAGGAAGAUCUCUCCACCACCAACACCGACUUGGACGAGCAGAGCGACGCUACUUACGAAACGGACUUGACAGAGCCGGACGAUAUCUCACGAAAACGUCUCCGAUCGGACGAGAACCUUGACCUGGAGUCAGAGAUAUCCUAUGCCGCUGGAGAGCUCUACGAGGACCCACUGGAUGAAGGCGGAGUUGAUCUCUCUGAGAUCCCCGAGGAUUUCGACAAAGCACCACUCACUAUUGAACGACGAGAGCGGAUUGAGAGUCGGUGGAAAAGGUACUGUGCCAGCCAAGUGCGGAACAGGCCCAACGUGCCAAAAUGGCGCAAGGCCGAGGAGGCGCUACGCCAGGCGUCGAACAAUGAUAUGUAUCGGUUCCUACGCUGGUGUCUCCUGCUUGAGCGAAGUGAGGACGGUCGACAUUAUCCAGGCAUCAACAAAGCUAGUACACUUGAGACCGACUGGAAAAACCUUCGCUUGUACUACCAGAAGCUCACCAAGAUUAUAAUCAACGAUGGAGAUGGCUCAGAGAUACGAAGGGGUAUGAAGUAUUUGGUACAAGAGUUUGGUUUGGACACGCAGCCUGCAAAAAAGACGCCGGUUUAUAUCGAGGAUAUCGGCCCAUUUAAUGAAACGAUUUUAUCGACGCAGGAGAAAAAGUUUCAUCUGGGCUUCCAACGCAUCCAAGUGUGUCUGUUCAACUCCCUCGGUAUCUUUACGGUGCACCGGCGAAACGCCUUGUUGAGUCUGCAGUUCAAGGAUCUGCAGAUCUCCCUCCAGAAGGAUCCUCGUGGAGGCCCGCCGGUUCCCAUGAUCGAACUUACCGCCGAAGGGACGAAGAAAUUCCUCGGUCUGACGAAAUUAACUACUUUUGCACUUCCCGAGAUCAUUUAUGGGCCCUCUCUGGUGAUAUGCCCGCACACAUUGCUUUUUGGCAUCCUGUUUCACGCACGGGCGUUCCGGAAUCAGGGGCUGACCUCGAAAGCUCAGCUGCGGAAACUCUUUAUCAGCAAAGGCUGCGAACAGCUUCUGGUCCCUUUGGACCCUAAAAAGGCUGAUUGGUAUAUCUUUUGCAAAACGGAGUUGGUCAAGGGCGUUCCAACCAUUCAGCGGACUACGCAGAUGUCCAAGUCUACCAUGUCCGCCUUGCUGGUCACAUUCGGGGAGAUUCGCGGAUGGAAAGGGGCAUUUCACGCCCACCAGUUCCGGUAUGGAAGUGGUAAAGUGCUCAACGAGAGUGGGUGGGUGAGCAAGGAGCAACAUAUGUUGAUCAUGAAGCACGCCAGCCCCCGCACCUUUCUGAACCACUAUCAUCCUCUGCAGCUCGACACCGACAUGAUCCGGGUUAUCUGUGGCCUCGACCCAGAUGUGGAACUGAUGCGAGCUGUCACACGGCAAAGCCGUUGGCGAGACACGCGACGUCCACGCUACUUGACUGAUCAACAACGGGCACAAGUUGAAGAUCAUCCCGAGAUGGAAGAGGCCCGGCGCAACCUACGCAAGAUCCGCACGCAAUACGAGGAGACCCAACAACCCGGCUUGCUUCUCCGACUCCAGCAACGGGAGAAGGAGGUGAGAAACACGCGAAAAAGGCUGCAACGGAGCUUACGGCAUCAGAUUCGAGAGAAAUUUGAUGAAGAGCAAGCCUUUUUGGAUAUUGAGGCGCAACUUUCAGGUGCCGCGGCCAAGGAAGAGAAAGAAGACAACCCGUCCUUAGAGGAUACUAUGCACCCCCUUCAGUUGCAUCUUGUGCAGAGCCUUCUUUCCUACCCAGUUUCUAAUUCCUUAGAAGACGAGUGGCAUCGGCGUGAUGCAGGUACUGCAGCUGUUGUGCAGUACUGUGAUGUCCUUGAAGGAGGUCCGUUGAGGGGCCGGCCUAAGCAGAAAGCUCUUGAAUCUGCUUCACUAGCUGGACCGAUAGCUCAGCCGAAGGCUUUACAGCAGAUCCAAAGUGAUAUCGACUCAUGCAAGGUACCUGCGCCUGUACGUGGCAAGCCGUUACGUGCUACCAGGGAAUACCUCGAAACCGCUAAGCAGCCAGAGGCCUGCUUUCAAUGCUUCGCGAGUGAAGGGCUUCCGGACAAGGUUCGCUUUCAGAUGUUUCAUGAUCCCGGCUGUGUUACGCGCCAUUUUGAUGCUAUUCAUCUGAAGGAAAAGCCACUUAAGUGCAACUGGUGUGAAGUGACGUUGUUACAUCGAAUGGCGUUCCAGCGCCAUGCUUUUGAUGUGCAUCCUAGUCAUCAUACUCGGGCUGGUCUUCUCGACUUGCCUAUCACGGUUAAAGUCACAUGUGGCCAGCGGGACUGGAAAGGCCAACAAGACCAGGGAGGCCAGCAGGACCAGGGAGGCCAGCAGGACCAGGGAGGCCAGCAGGACCAGGGAGGCCAGCAGGACCAGGGAGGCCAGCAGGACCUCGGAAGCCGGCAGGACCAGGGAGGCCAGCAGGACCAGGGAGGCCAGCAGGACCAGGGAGGCCAGCAGGACCUCGGAAGCCGGCAGGACCAGAGAGGCCAGCAGGACCAGAGAGUCCGGCAGGACCAGGGAGGCCAGCAGGACCAGGGAGGCCAACAGGACCAGGGAGGCCAGCAGGACCAGAGAGGCCAGCAGGACCAGGGAGGCCAGCAGGACCUCGGAAGCCGGCAGGACCAGAGAGGCCAGCAGGACCAGGGAGGCCAGCAGGACCAGGGAGGCCAGCAGGACCUCGGAAGCCGGCAGGACCAGGGAGGCCAGCAGGACCAGGGAGGCCAGCAGGACCAGGGAGGCCAGCAGGACCUCGGAAGCCGGCAGGACCAGAGAGGCCAGCAGGACCAGAGAGGCCGGCAGGACCAGGGAGGCCAGCAGGACCAGAGAGUCCGGCAGGACCAGGGAGGCCAGCAGGACCAGGGAGGCCAACAGGACCAGGGAGGCCAGCAGGACCAGGGAGGCCAGCAGGACCUCGGAAGCCGGCAGGACCAGAGAGGCCAGCAGGACCAGAGAGUCCGGCAGGACCAGGGAGGCCAGCAGGACCAGGGAGGCCAACAGGACCAGGGAGGCCAGCAGGACCAGAGAGGCCAGCAGGACCAGGGAGGCCAGCAGGACCUCGGAAGCCGGCAGGACCAGAGAGGCCAGCAGGACCAGGGAGGCCAGCAGGACCUCGGAAGCCGGCAGGACCAGAGAGGCCAGCAGGACCAGAGAGUCCGGCAGGACCAGGGAGGCCGGCAGGACCAGGGAGGCCAGCAGGACCAGAGAGGCCGGCAGGACCAGGGAGACCAGUCGACUUGUUCCAAAAAGUGUCGCAGAUUUGCUACCACUUGA